AUGCGGAACGAGGAAUCUGAAGCAGAGAGAUCUGCUAGACUUCGUGAACAAGCCUUGCGGCAAAAUUCUCUGCGGAAAGAGGAAUCGGAUGCAGAGAGAUCAGCUAGACUUCAAGAUCAGGCACUGAGGCCAAAAUCUCUGCGGAACGAGAAAUCUGAAACAGAGAAUUCUUCAAGACUUUGCAAUACGGCAAAAAAAUUGCGAAAUAAAGAACUUGAAUUAGAAAAGCAGGCACGACUUCAAGAUAAGUUAUUACGUCAAAAUGCUGUCCGCGACAGAGAAACUGAAGAAAAUAAUUUUGCUCGACUUCGCGAUCAGUCGUUACGCCAGGAAGCUGUACGUGGCAGAGAAACAGGAGAAGAAAGAUUGGAGCGUGCUAUCGCUGAUAGAUUCCUUCAUCAAGUAAAUCUCUUCGAGGAAACUGAGCAAGAUACCGCAGAACGACGUAAUCAGCAAAUGGAAGUUAUGUUUGAUUAUAGAGCGACUGAAAAUGAGGAAGAAACAGCUGAUAGGCGUGAAAAGGAUAGGUUGCAAACAGAGCUACAGCGAGAACAUCAAUUUCAACGAGAGCGAGAAGAGGAAGAACUGCGAGCAAGAAAUGCGCUUCAACACGCCGAAUUUGUUCCCGUCGAAACCACAGAACGCGAAACUUUUCUUCGUGAGAUGCACCUUGAUCGCAACCGUGCUGGAAAUCCGCGAACGCAUCGGAUAGCUUGCAAAGACAUUGUUGUAGAGGAUCGAGUUCAUUUGCUUGACAUUAGAGAUUUGACUAAGAUUUGUGCUGAGUGUGACGCCAAACACUUUGAAAAAGAGAUGCCAAAAGAUAAAAAGUUGGACACCGAUGCUGCGGAAAGGGAAAAGUGA